UUGCCCUUGUGAUGGAUUCCUUCACGGAUAUUGAUAUCUUUGGUGACCUUCAGGAUGCCUAUAACAACCGCAAAGUCCCUGUCUAUAUCCUUCUUGACCAGGACUUUCUACCCCAUUUCUUGGAAAUGUGCAAGAAUUUGGGGGUUUGUCCUGAGCAGGAAAGUAUGAUGAGAGUUCGAACUCUCACAGGGAACACAUACUACAUGAGGUCAGGUGCCAAAAUUGUGGGGAAAGUCCAUGAGAAGUUCAUGUUAAUUGAUGGCAUUAGAGUGACAACAGGCUCCUACAGUUUCACGUGGUCCGAUGGGAAACUGAACAGCAGUAACUUGCUGCUAUUGUCAGGUCAAGUGGUUGAACACUUUGACCUCCAGUUCAGGAUUCUUUAUGCCCAGUCGAUGCCCAUCAGCCCUAAAUGGCCGUCCAGCUGCAGGAACAGUGGGAUAUUUGAUCAUCUGAUGAACAGAAUAGAGUCCCCCAAAGAAUAUACUGUGGAAGACAAUUUGAGAGCAGAAUUUGCUAGAUUGUCUAGUACACCAAAGAAACCGUUGAAAGAACUAGAUCUGGCUGAAGAUACUCCUGGAGGCCAACCUUGUAAGCUGGGGCGUUCUUGCCUCUGUGAAGAGGAGUGGUUCAGUGAUCAAGUGGCCAUAGUUGAACGGAAAAGCACAUCGACUCAAACUGGCCCAUGGGAAGAGAAGCCUGUAGUGACCACGUGUAAUGCUGCCAUGCAGGCUGCUGCUGUAACGGCAGAAACUGGCACUCAGACAUCUGUCGCUGCUAGAGUGACGGGCACCCAGACUUCAGUUUUGCUGAAGGCUGCAGUGACACAGACAAAGGAAGAUGAGUACACAGAAACACCCCUGCUUCACAGAAAAUUGUCAAAAGAAGGAUCUUCUCUGUCUGGAAAGGCUGUAUCAAGUUCUAGUCUGCGAUCACUGUCUUCGUCAUCAUCCCAGUGCUCUCUUGCAAGCUCUACUGGCUCACUGUCUUCUCUCCGGUCCUUUGAAUAUUCUGGCAGUCACAGGGCAGAAUAUUUCCAAAAACUGCAUAAAGAGAGGCAAUUCCACUACUCUACUAUCAGGUCGAAGCUUAGCCACAUGGUGGAUAUCCUAUCCAGGAGGGGACGUGCCCCUGACAACUACGUGACCCAAUACACCGGAAGAUGCAAUCUAAAACAGAGGCGUGACAUCAGUGCCAGCCUGCGCAGCCUCCGGGACGUUUCACUCUUUUCUCUGCAUAAAUGAUUGCUGCACUGAAUGCAGAACACAAAAGGUCCAGUCUCAAAUUACAGUCACUUUGUACCUGAUGAUUCUUCCACUUCCUUCCAGCACUUUUUAUCUUUGAAUACAUGUGUACAUCACUCUCCACCACUUUGUUUUAUACUAUGCAAUUUAAGCAAUAAAAAUAGAGGGGUUUAUUUAUAUUGUAGCUACUUGCAUGUUCUUAUAUUCAUGAGUAGUGAAGGUUCAUUUUAAUUCUGGAUGUUUAACCUGAAAAGUCAGCUUGUUACUGCUUUCAGGGGUUGCUGAUGCUCUGGCUUAACUUAUGUAAACUUGGAAAAAUCUGAGUCAGGCUGAUCUUGCUCAGAGUGGUUUUGGAGAUUUAGCUUACAUCAAGGUAUACUCAAUUCUCUUUUCUUUUUAAUAUUGGCUUUUAUUUCUACUUUAUCUUUGGCAUGGGGGAAAACAACUUUUAUAAGGAGCCAUAAAGCUAAUUUUGUUCUGACUUCAGUGAUCUAUACAUUACUCUUCUACUAAAGUUGUGAAGGGUCUGUUGGAACAGUUGCAGGUUUUUAUCUUCAACUGUAUCCUUUUCAUUGUUUAAGCCUUCUGAAAUGGACUGAGCUAACUAGCCCUUCAGUUUGAUCAUCCUUUCAUGCCUUUGUGUAAAUACAUGUAUAAAAAUGUGUGUGUGUGUGUAUAUACACAUCCUCAGAAGAGCAUCUUUUUAAAAGCAAGCCCUGGAAGUGGCAGCUUAGCACUCCAAGAUAGCUGUACCCAUUUUAGGUACAACCCUGAUGUAAAUGUUUCCAGUGUUCGGAACUAAAAGCUAGAUAUAUUGAACCUGUAAGACCUGGGAAUGUAUUGCUGAAGUGUUGAGUUUUUGUGUUUGUGAGUGGGAGAUGGGGUGAUACCUGGGGUUUGGUGUCAUGAUGCAGCACAUCUGUUGUACUUCUUUUGGGAUGAUUUCAAAGAACUUUGUCUUUUGUGCAACUUGUUACACAGAAUUAGGACUCUUAUUCUUAGCUCUGUGAAAUGAGCUUCCAGUUCUGGCUGGGCCUAGGAAUGUCUGAACCAUCUUGCUUCCAUUAAGAGACUUGUAAACAGGUUCCUUCUUUGGAAUGAACUUGGGUGAGACAGUCACUGAGGGCACGUGACAAAGCCCCUGUUCAAAAGUAAACUGACAAAUGCACUAUGAAAUAUUAUGGGUUAUGUUUGCUAAUAUUAUAGUACAAGAGUGAAAAAAAAAUUUGUCUCCUUAGACUGUCCUAUGUGAAAUAGUCUGUUUCCUGCUCUAUUUAUCCUUUAUCUACUACUAACUUGGUUUGAGGAGGUGAAGUGCCACUCUUGCUUUUGAAAAUACUCUUUCAACAUUAAAUGGAUCUUAGGUUAAGUUGCUUUGUAGAGACAUUAUCCAAAUAUUUGUUAGUGGUAUGCUGUGCAUAUGUGCACAUGUCUGUGCUUGCUGGAUCACUUAUCUGAGCAGUGUGUGGUUUCUCUCAGCUCUAAACUGUACUGUUUUUCUUUAGACCUGCAUCCCAGUACUUUAGUGACCAACCAGGCUGAAUUCUGCCAACUCAAAUCAGUAUGGGGUAUGUGUUUUCUUCUUAUUUUUGGGCCUGUGUGUCCAGUAGAUGGCACAUUUCAGCUGUUGCCUUGAAUAUUCUCCUAAACAGUAAUGAAUGGGUGAAUGAAUGGAAAAAUAUCCAAAACUCAAAAAGGCUGAAACUUCAGUGCAGAGAGUAACUAACUUUGGCAUUUCUAUCUUUAGAAUCUAUAUGGACAAAAAGGUUUAGCUGCUUUCAGCGCUUGGAUUUCAAAGCAUCUGUGUCUUCCCUAAAGCUGUAAGGCAGAUGUAUGAAGAGGUGCAGGUGGGGAAAAAAAACUUGUUUGCACUUGUUUAAAAAGACGGGAUACUUUUUUGCCUUAUCCCUGGAGCUGAAACACCAGGAGCGAAGCAAGUUGCAGAGAGGGAGCCACAAUGUGCCUUCAAAGCCAUUCUCGAGUUGCGUUUUUAAGAGCCUGUGUUCAGCAGUGCUUGAAUGUACCUAAGUACACGAUGAAUACACACAGAAUGUAUGUGAGAUCAACCUGUUGGCUCGAUGUGCUUUUUAACUUUAUUACA